AUGAUGUUGUUGUUGUGGUUCUAACAGAGGUUCUGGAGGAGGCUCUGGUGGGUUCUGACCCUGAAGGUCCUCUGUGUGAGCUGCUGUUCUUCUUCCUGUCGGCCAUCUUUCAGGCUCUGGACGAGGAACAGGAGGACGUCAACAAAGACCAGGUCGAAGACCUGUCGGAGGCUCUUGAUGACGACUCUGACACGCUGCCGUCAGCUCUGAGCGCCGUGGCGGCGCUGGCGGCAGCCUGGUCUCAGCUGCAUCAGGGCUGCGGUCUGAAGCAGCUGGACCUGGACAGCUGCACGCUGUCUGAGAUCCUGAGGCUGCACAUCCUGGCGUCUGGCGCCGACUGUUACCACGGCAACGCCAAGUUCCGCUACCAGAAGCAGGGCGGCUUCACGCUGAUGGACGACCCGUGCGUCGAGCUGCGCGUGAACGAGCCGGCGCUGCUGAAGAGGCUGACAAGCACCGCUGUGUACGACCUGACGCCAGGGGAGAAGCUGAGGAUCCUGCAGGCUCUGGUGGGGAAGCUGCUGACGUUGGCGUCCUGCAGAGAUCUGAUCGAGGACUGUGUGGAGGAGCAGAGAGCCGCCAGACAGGAACUGAGAGAGAUCAGGGCUGAACAACACCGCCGAGACCGCGAGGAGGCGGCACAUAGGGUGCGUCUGCGUAAAGAGGAGCGGCUGAGGGAGCAGGAGCAGAGGAUGAGGGAGAAGGUGGAGAGACUGAAGGAGCAGGAGGUGAAGGGAGGACUCCCAGCAAACAGUGAGGCUCCCGUAGAACACACUGAGGAAGACGAGGAGCAAAACUCUUCAUCCAGCAACAAGAAGAUGAAAGGUAAGAGGAAAAGCAUCAGUACGACCCCUGACCCCAACCCUCCAUCCUGCCCCCCCCCCAGCCUGAGUGCGGAGGAGCAGGAGAGAGAGCACGAGAAGGUUCGAGAGCUGCAGGAGCGGAUCCAGAAGGCGGCCGCCUGCACCUGCCUGCUCCCUCUGGGCAGAGACCGUCUGUACCGCCGCUACUGGCUCCUCCCCUCGGCUGCCGCCCUGUUGGUGGAGGACGACUGCUUCGGCCUGACGGAGGACAUGCUGCAGCCACGCCCUGCGCAGCACGCCACCGCCACCAAGGAGGAAGAGGAGAUGAAGGAGGUGAAGGAGGAGGAGGAGGAGGUGAAGGAGGAGCCGGCUGAGGGGAGCGCCGGCUCAAGCCCUGCCCCCCUCUACACCUGCGGGCCGCCCGUCAAACGACCCAAUCAGUGGUCGUUCUACAGCUCCAUGGAGGACGUGGAUCAGCUGAUCGAGGCGCUGAACCCCCGAGGUCACCGAGAAAGCAGCCUGAAGGAGGCGCUGCUGCAGGAGAGAGACCGCCUGACGCACCUGCUUCAGAGCUGUGACAUCACCAAGUACACCUACACAGAUGACCCCGAGUCGUCCCGGUCUGUCCCAGAAUGCACUGCUGCAGCUGAGACUGUGAUGGAGGGCAGACUGAGAGACCUGCUGCUGGACAUCGAGGACAGGAUCCACCAGGGAACUCUGGGAACUCUGAAGGUGAUGGACAGACAGGUGUGGCGCUCAGCGCUGGAAACAGGAAACUAUGAGUUGCUGAGUUCUGACGGCAGAGACAACGGAGGGAUGAACGGACGAGUGGAGGCCAUGGAGGUGGACUCACCUGCACACCUGAGAGCCAGAGACAGGCUGCAGGAGCUGAGGUGUGACGGCAUGGCGGCGGGCAGCGGCAGCGGGACUCCUCAGAUGGUCAGCAGCUCCGUACGGAUCCUGGCUCAGGCGCUCGCUCACAUCGAGCAGGGCAUCGAGAGACGCUUCCUCAAAGCUCCGCUGGGUGACGAAGACUCAAAGAAAGAGCAGAAGACUAAGAAGAGCAAGAAGAGGGACGAGGACCAGGCCAGUGAUGAUGGCAGUGACAGUGGACGGGUUAGUAAGACGGUGUUGGAGCGAUGGAGGGAGUCUCUGCUGUCCUGCUCCAGUUUGUCUCAGGUGUUUGUCCACCUGUCCACUCUGGAGAGAAGUGUCCUCUGGUCUCGCUCCAUCCUCAACGCUCGCUGCCGCAUCUGCAGACGCAAAGGAGAUGCCGACAACAUGCUGCUGUGUGACGGCUGUGACCGAGGACACCACACCCACUGUCUGAGGCCCCGCCUCAAGUUGGUUCCAGAAGGCGACUGGUUCUGUCCAGACUGUCGACCCAAACAGAGAUCCAGCCGCCUCCCGUCCCGUCAGCGCUCCUCCAUUGAUAAGGAGGAUGAGGAGGAGGAGCAGGAUGAGGAGAAGGAGGAUGAGGAGGAGUCAGAAGAGGAGGAGGAGUCAGAAGAGGAGGAGGUGUCAGAGGAGGAGGAGGAGGAGGAGGAGGAAGAAGUAGUGACCACCAAGAAAAGCGUGGCCCCGCCCCUGAAAGGCAAAAGCCAACAGGCUCCGCCCCCUAAAGGCAAGACUCAACCAGCCACGCCCAGAGGUCAACAGGCCCCACCCUCUAAAGGAAAGAGCCAGCAGACCACGCCCAAAGGUCAACAGGCCACACCCAAGAGCAGCACGGCCACCUUCGCAGGGAAAAACUCGUCAGCCUCCAAGGCUGCCGUACACAAUCACAGGUCCUCAGGAAAGAAGGCCACGCCUCCUGCAGCGAAGGCCAACUCGUCUGCAAGUAAAGCCCCGCCCCGCUCCGGGAGUCGGAACAGCGGCCGUCUGAGCCACGAGAUCCUCACACCAAAUGGCAACGCCCGAACCUCAUCUGGUCAGAGCGAGUCCCGCAAGAGACCAUCUACAGGUAGGACCCCCCCCCCUAACCCCCCCAGGCCCGUCCCCCCCCCUCCUUCAUCGCCAUCAUCGUCCUCGUCUAGCCGCCGCUCAUCCGGCAGGAACCACGGUGUCCACGAGCUGUCGGCCUGCGAGCAGCUGACCGUGGAGCUCGUCAGACACCCAGACAGCUGGCCCUUCAUGAAGCUGGUGUCCCGCACACAGGUACACACACACACACACAUCUACACACACACAC